AUGUCCACAGGUUUGCUAUUGGACAGCAGCAAAGGCUGCCAGGGCAUUGUGGACACUGGGACGUUUCUGCUCACCGUCCCAGAGCUGUACAUGGGGGACUUCCUGGAGGCUGUGGGUGCUCAGCAGAACAACCAGGAAAACAUGGCUGACUGCAGCAAUGUCCAAAAUGUGCCGACCAUCACCUUCAUCAUUAAUGGAUCCCAGUUCCCUCUGCCCCUCUGUGCCUAUGUCUUUAAUUUUUGCAUGGCUGAGGUUGAGAUCACUUACUUGCCUUUUCAGAACAGACGACCUCUUUGGAUCCUGGGUGAUGUCCUCCUCAAGGAAUACUAUUCUGUCUAUGACAUGGCCAUCAACAGGACGGGCUUUGCCCCAUCAGCCUAGACAAACAAGGAGUCAGCUGGACAAAACCACGCCAUUCCCUCUCCUGUCUAAAUCUUCUCUCCUGGAUGCUGAUGGAAUCAAACUAAGUUUAUAUGGACAGACUCUAUCGUUCUAAAUGUACCAUGGGCACUGUGUGAACCUGCCUUCUGCUUUUGUAUAUUUAUCAGUGCUCUCUACAUCUAUCGUUGCAAGAAAACAGCAAUGAGUCAAAUUGUCUCUUGUCUUCUUUGGCAUUUGUU